GGGCGGGGCGGGGAGGGGCGGCUGGUGUUUCCGUUGCUUGGAGUGGGCUGAGAGCUGCUGUCUGGAGCCUAUUCUGCUCGCAUCCCUACCCUCUCCUGCGCGCCGCCGCCUCGCGCUCCGCCGCUUUCUGGGAGGUUCGGGGCACUUAGGUCCUUCUGUCACCCUCAGUUUUGCAUCGCCUUCUCCUGACCUGAGCAGUCGCCAUGGCACAGGCUCUUAAAGGCACCGUGGUUGCCUUCCCUGGAUUUGAUGAGCGGGCUGAUGCAGAAACUCUUCGGAAGGCCAUGAAAGGCCUGGGCACUGAUGAGGAGAGCAUCUUGACUCUGUUGACAUCCCGAAGUAAUGCUCAGCGCCAGGAAAUCGCCGUGGCUUUUAAAACUCUAUUUGGCAGGGACCUGCUGGAUGACCUGAAAUCAGAACUGACUGGAAAAUUUGAAAAAUUAAUCAUGGCUCUGAUGAAACCUUCUCGGCUUUAUGAUGCCUAUGAACUGAAGCAUGCUCUUAAGGGAGCUGGGACAGAUGAAAAAGUACUGACGGAAAUUAUUGCUUCAAGGACACCUGAAGAACUGAGAGCCAUAAAACAAGUUUAUGAAGAAGAAUAUGGCUCAAGCCUGGAAGAUGACGUGGUGGGAGAUACAUCAGGGUACUACCAGAGGAUGUUGGUGGUUCUCCUUCAGGCUAAUAGAGACCCUGAUGCUGGAAUUGAUGAAGCACAAGUUGAACAAGAUGCUCAGGCUUUGUUUCAGGCUGGAGAACUGAAAUGGGGGACAGAUGAAGAAAAGUUUAUCACCAUCUUCGGGACACGAAGUGUGUCUCAUUUGAGAAGGGUGUUUGAUAAAUACAUGACUAUAUCAGGAUUUCAAAUUGAGGAAACCAUUGACCGAGAGACUUCUGGUAAUUUGGAGCAACUACUCCUUGCUGUUGUGAAAUCUAUUCGAAGUAUACCUGCCUACCUUGCAGAAACCCUCUACUAUGCUAUGAAGGGAGCGGGGACGGAUGAUCAUACCCUCAUCAGAAUCGUGGUGUCCAGGAGCGAGAUUGAUUUGUUUAACAUUAGGAAGGAGUUCAGGAAGAAUUUCGCCACCUCUCUUUAUUCCAUGAUUAAGGGUGAUACGUCUGGGGACUAUAAGAAAGCCCUCUUGCUGCUCUGUGGAGGAGAGAACGACUGAGGUACCAGCUGGAGAGAGAUCCUGCGCCAUGCUGGCCACAGCCGCCGUGACGCCGGCGACCUUCCUAAGCCUCUCACUGUGCUUGCUUGUAUGCCCGUGCCUGACGCAUUGCCUUGUUCAUACUAGCGUGCUAAUGACCAAAACAUACAUGUUGCAGAAGAAAAAUAGCGGUGCUUCUUGCUGAUGUUCAGUAAAGCUCUUUCUCUUUGUCUUUUGUAGUACUGAAGCAUACUUACAUUACUAAAGUCUAAAGUCUGGGUCAUUUAGAUUUUCUUUUAAAAGAUCUGACUGCUUUUAGCCUUUUUAAAAAACUUCAUUUAUAUUAAAUUGAUAACUGUAUUUCCUUAAUCGGAACCUUAGCCUUAAAAUGAUGGAACUCCUGGAAGUGUUAUUAAUCAAGUUUGCUACUAAACUAAACCUGAAAAAUUACGGUGGUUGCAUUAAAAGAUUCAUGAGAAAUAAACAUUUCCUUCCCCCUGA